CGGCAGACUAUGGGGACAACGGCCAGCACAGCCCAGCAGACGGUCUCCGCAGGCGCCCCCUUCGAGGGCCUCCAGGGUGGCAGCACGAUGGAUGGUCGGCACUCACUCAGUGUCCACUCCUUCCAUACCACAAGCUUACACAACAGCAAGGCCAAGUCCAUCAUCCCCAACAAGGUGGCCCCUGUAGUGAUCACGUACAACUGCAAAGAGGAGUUCCAGAUCCAUGAUGAGCUGCUCAAGGCCCACUACACGCUGGGCCGCCUCUCGGACACCACCCCUGAGCACUACUUGGUCCAGGGCCGCUACUUCCUGGUGCGGGAUGUUACUGAGAAGAUGGAUGUGUUGGGCACUGUGGGGAGCUGUGGGGCCCCCAACUUCCGGCAAGCGCGGGGUGGGCUCACCGUGUUCGGCAUGGGACAGCCAAGUCUCCUGGGGUUCAGGCGGGUCCUCCAGAAACUCCAGAAGGACAGAUAUAGGGAGUGCCUCCUCUUCUGUGUGAGGGAGGAGCCUGUGCUGUUCCUGCGUGCCGAUGAGGACUUCGUGCCCUACACACCUCGAGACAAGCAGAACCUUCACAAGAACCUGCAGGGCCUUGGACCCGGCGUCCAGGCAGAGAGCUUGGAGCUGGCCAUCCGGAGAGAGAUCCAUGACUUUGCCCAGCUGAGUGAGAAUACGUACCACGUGUACCACAGCACCGAGGACCUGCAGGGCGAGCCCCACGCCAUGGCCAUCAGGGGCGAGGGCGACGUGCAUGUGACUGAGGAGGUGUACAGGCGGCCCCUCUUCCUGCAGCCCACCUACAGGUACCACCGCUUGCCCCUGCCUGAGCAAGGGGCUCCCCUUGAAGCCCAGUUUGAUGCCUUUAUUAGUGUCCUCCGGGAGACCCCCAGCCUGCUGCUGCUCCGUGACACCCACGGCCCUCCCCCUGCCCUCCUCUUCAGCUGCCAGACGGGCGUGGGCAGGACCAACCUGGGCAUGGUCCUGGGCACCCUCAUCUUGUUCCACCACAGUGGGACCACUUCCCAGCCACAGGCCACCCCCCUGCAGGCCAAGCCCCCGCCCAUGGAGCAGUUCCAGGUGAUCCAGAGCUUUCUCCGCAUGGUGCCCCAGGGAAGGAAGAUGGUAGAGGAGGUGGACAGAGCCAUCGCCGCCUGUGCAGACCUGCACGACCUGAAGGAAGUGGUCUUGGAAAACCAGAGGAAGCUGGAAGGCCUGCGGCCAGAGAGCCCAGCCCAGGGACGAAACAGCCCGAACAGUGUCUGGCAGAGGGCGCUGCGGAGCCUGGAGCGAUACUUCUACCUGAUCCUGUUUAACUACUAUCUCCAUGAGCAGUACCCGCUGGCCUUUGCCCUCAGUUUCAGCCGCUGGCUGUGUGCCCACCCCGAGCUGUACCGCCUGCCCGUGACACUGAGCCCAGUGGGGCCCAUGGCUCCUGGGGACCUCAUCAGCAGGGGCUCCCUGGGGGCAGAUGACCUCGUCUCUCCGGAUGCGCUCAGCACCCUCAGAGAGAUGGACGUGGCCAACUUUCGGCGGGUGCCCCGCAUGCCCAUCUACGGCACAGCCCAGCCCAGUGCCAAGGCCCUGGGCAGCAUCCUGGCCUACCUGACCGACGCCAAGAGGAAGCUGCGGCAGGUCGUGUGGGUCAACCUGAGGGAGGAGGCAGUGCUGGAGUGUGAUGGGCACACCCACAGCCUACACUUGCCUGGGCCCCCCACGGCCCCCGACCAGCUGGAGACCCUGGAGGCCCAGCUGAAGGCCCACCUGAGCGUGCCUGCCCUGGGUGCAGAGGGCCCCCCAACCCGCAGGUUCCAGACAUGCCUCACCAUGCAGGAGGUCUUCAGCCAGCACCGCGCUGCCUGCCCUGGCCUCACCUACCACCGCAUCCCUGUGCCAGACUUCUGUGCCCCCCGCGAGGAGGACUUUGACCGGCUGCUGGAGGCCCUGCGGGCUGCCCUUGCCAGGGACCCAGGCACUGGCUUUGUGUUCAGCUGCCUCAGUGGCCAGGGCCGGACCACGACUGCGAUGGUGGUGGCUGUGUUGUCCUUCUGGCAUAUCCAAGGCUUCCCCGAGGUGGUUGAGGAGGAGCUUGUGAGCGUGCCUGAUGCCAAGUUCACUAAGGGCGAGUUCCAGGUAGUGAUGACGGUGGUGCAGCUGCUGCCCAACGGGCACCGCGUGAAGCAGGAGGUGGAUGCGGCGCUGGACACAGUCAGUGAGACCAUGACCCCCAUGCACUACCACCUGCGGGAAAUCAUCAUCUGCACCUACCGCCAGGCAAAGGCAGCCAAAGAGGAGCAGGACGUGCGGAGGCUGCAGCUGCGGAGCCUGCAGUACCUGGAGCGCUACGUCUACCUGAUUCUCUUCAACGCUUACCUCCACCUGGAGAAGGCUGGCUCCUGGCAGAGGCCCUUCAACGCCUGGAUGCGGGAGGUGGCAUCGAAGGCUGGAGUCUAUGAGAUCCUCAACCAGCUGGGCUUCCCUGAGCUGGAGAGCUUGCAGGACCAGCCCUUCUCGAGGCUGCGCUACCGGUGGCAGGAGCAGAGCCACAGUCCGGAGCCGUCUGCUGCUGGGGACUUCCUGUAGGGGUGUCCUCCCUGCCCCUCCCACAGUGCCCCAUGCAGGCUGGGGGUGUCCUGGGUGGGCUUCACUGGAAGUGGCCCUGGGGGUGCUGGCUUUCUGGAGAGACUGGGGUGAAUUGGGAACCUUUUUGAACGAACUUUCGAUAGGACAUUUAGACAGCACACAGUCAUA